AGAAAAAAUAAUGGGCAAUUUAUUACAUCAAUAUAAAAGGUAGCUAUUUAUAUCUGUGAUAUAUAUACAUAUAUUGGAUGAUAUUAUAUUAAUGUAUAACUUCAAGGAAGGAAGAAGAGUGAAGAAGCUGUGUAACGGUUACUGAUAUAGUGUGUAACACCAUGAAGCUGCACUCUCUCAACAUUGGAUCUCAAACCCCAAUUCUCAGACUCAAACCCACUCACUCACCAAAUGGGUCUCUUCCAAGGUCCAUCCGAGCCUCCGUUUCAUCACAGGACCUUCAUGGCCAAUCCAUUGCCGUUAUUGGUUUGGGAAAGUCUGGGAGUGCUGCAGUGAAGCUUGCUUUAACUAGAGGAGCUUCUGUUGUGGCACUUGACCAUAAUGAAAAUUUGGGCUUGUUAGAGGAAGAUCCUCUUUUUGAGAAGCAUAGUGGUGGUUUGAGAACAGUCCUUGGACAUUUUGAUGGAGACCUACUUAAUAGUGCUGACAGGGUGGUUGUAUCCCCUGGAGUUCACCUUGAAAAAUAUGGUCUUACCUCUUUAUGGCAUUCAGGAAAGCAGGUAAUGUCUGAGUUGGAUUUUGCCGCAGAAAUUCUUCCUAAGAGUAUCAAGAUUUUGGCAGUGACAGGAACCAAUGGAAAGUCGACUGUUGUUACUUUUGCCGGACAGAUGCUUAAACAACUGGGCAUCGAAGCAUUUGUGGGGGGUAACCUUGGGAAUCCUCUAUCUGAAGCUGCUUUACAAUGUUUGCCAUCAACUUCUUUAGGACACAAGUUUCAGGUUGCCGUGGUUGAGGUUAGCAGUUACCAAAUGGACAUUCCCAACAAGUACUUCUGCCCAUCUGUUGCUGCAGUGCUAAACCUUACACAUGAUCAUUUGGAAAGGCACAAGACAAUGACAAAUUAUGCAAUGACUAAAUCCCGGAUAUUUUCUAACAUGACAGAUGCUAAGUUGGCAAUUCUUCCUUGUGAUAGCCACUUCUUAAAUGAAGCAAUUGACCUAUGCAAGAACGAACUUAAUCUUGCUUGGAUAGGAAACCAUCCUGGUAUUAAAAUUGAUCUGGAGGCAAAAAUUGCCAACUUGGAAGUUCCUGCCUUAGGGGUUGAUUCCCAACUAAAGUUAGAUGCAAUGAAAGUUAUGGGAACCCACAACUAUUAUAAUGCUGCUGUUGCUGCACUAUCUGUUGUUGGACUGGGAAUUGGAGUUGAUGUUGAAGCCAUUGGUUCAACUAUUGAAAAACUAAGGCCGCCUCUUCACCGUAUGCAGAUUGUGUGCAAUGAUAACCAAGGGAUUACAUGGGUAAAUGACAGUAAGGCAACCAAUGUUGAUGCAACCUAUGCAGGACUAAUGGGUCUAAAGGGGCGAAAGUCUGUAAUUUUACUUGGUGGCGUUGCAAAGGUAUUAGAUGGACAAGGUUCUAUUGGCUUCGAACGCUUGGUGGAACUACUUAAUAACCACAGAUGUGUAAUCACAUUUGGAUCGUCAGGAGCAUUAAUUCAGAGUACAUUGUCUGAUAAUGGUCUUGAAAUUCCUUGUCUUAGAGCUUCAAAUCUGAUAGAAGCUGUUCACUUUGCUAGGAGGAUGGCAAAAUUUGGAGAUGCCAUUGUACUAAGUCCAGGUUGCGCGAGCUUUGAUGAGUUUCAAGACUUUGAGCAAAGGGGAAUGGUUUUUCAGGAACUUGCCUUUGCAUAAUGUGUUAGUUGGCUCCAAAACUAUCUUAAUGGAUACUUUUCUGUCGACAAUGAUGAAAACCAGAUCGAACUCUAAAGGGUAUUCACCAGCUUUGUUGUUACCAAACUUCUAUCCCCAUCGAGAGUAGAGCAACCAAUUGUAACGUUCUUCCAUUUUUUAUUUCUAAUUUUAUAAUUGGUGAAUGUAAGAAGGUUUUGGGUUAGGAGUAAUGUAUGAUACUUUAUUCUUGAUGAUAAUAAAAUGGGUGUGUGUUUCUAUAUAAA